AUGUACAUCAAGCUGGUUAUAAUCGAAGGUUUCAAGAGUUACAAUGAGCAAACUGCUACUGAGGAUUUCAGCAGCAAAGUUAACUGUGUUGUUGGGGCAAAUGGGUCUGGGAAAAGCAACUUUUUCCAUGCAAUUCGUUUUGUAUUGAGUGACAUCUUCCAAAAUCUGCGUAAUGAAGAUAGGAAUGCGUUACUCCAUGAAGGAGUUGGUCAUCAAGUUGGAUCUGCGUUCGUGGAGAUUGUCUUUGAUAAUUCUGACAACCGCAUCCCUGUUGAUAAAGAUGAAAUUCGCUUGCGCCGAGCUAUUGGUCUGAAGAAGGAUGAAUAUUUCUUGGACGGGAAACACAUUACAAAAAAUGAAGUUAUGGAUUUACUGGAGAGUGCUGGAUUUUCUCGUUCUAAUCCUUACUAUGUUGUUCAACAAGGAAAGAUAGCCUCGUUGACAAUGAUGAAAGAUUCAGAACGGCUAGAUCUGCUAAAAGAGAUUGGUGGUACCCGUGUUUAUGAGGAGAAACGCUGUGAGAGUUUGAAAAUUAUGCAGGAUACAGGGAUUAAACGAAAUCAUAUCAUCCAAGCUGUCCAAUACUUGGAUGAAAAACUAAGGGAACUGGACGAAGAGAAAGAAGAACUCAGAAAAUACCAACAACUUGAUAAGCAGAGAAAAUCACUCGAAUACACCAUUUAUGAAAAACAGCUUCACGAUACUAGGGAGAAACUGGAACAGACUGAAGCUGAAAGAACUAAAGCAUCCGAAGAGUCUACAAAAAUGUAUGACAGAGUUGAGAAGGCCCAGGACGAGUGCAGGAGCUUAGAUGAGUCGCUGGCAGGACUGACAAAGGAGCUUCAGACAAUGAACAAUAAGAAAGAAACUGUUGAAGCACUAAAAACUGAAGCUAUAAAGAAGAAGACAAAACUUGAGCUUGAUGAGAAUGAUUUAAAGGAACGGAUUGCUGGAAAUAUCCAGUCAAAGAAUGAUGCACUUGAGCAACUUAGUAUGGUGGAAAGAGAAAGGGAGGAUUCUUUGAAGGAACUAGAGGCGAUUACUCCUUUGUAUGAAAGUCAAGUUGACAAGGAGAAGCAGACGACCAAAAGAAUCAUGGAGCUGGAGAAGAAGCUUAAUAUUCUUUAUCAGAAAAAGGGACGUGCAACUCAGUUCUCAGAUAAGGCUACUCGAGACGAAUGGCUCCGGAAAGAAACUAAAUAUCUCAAGCGUGUUCUAGACUCAAACAUGGGUCAAGAGCAAAAACUUCAGGAUGAAAUUUUUGGCCUCAAUACUGAUUUGAAGGAGCGUGAUGCACACAUCAAGAACCAUGAAGUUGAAAUUAGUGAACUGGACACUCACAUUUCCAAGUCCCAUGAACAAUUCAAUAUUAAAAAGAGGGAGAGGGAUGAAGAACAUAGAAAAAGAAGGGAAAAAUGGGGAGAAGAAAGUCAACUAUCUUCUGAAAUUGACAAGUUGAAAAUGGAACUUGAGAGGGCAAAGAAAAAUCUUGAUCAUGCAACUCCAGGAGACGUAAGGCGAGGACUGAUCUCUAUCAAACGGAUUUGCUCUGAGCAUAAGAUCAAUGGAGUUUUUGGUCCACUUGUUGAGCUGGUUGAUUGCGAUGAGAAGUUUUUCACCGCAGUUGAAGUCACUGCUGGAAACAGCCUAUUUCACGUAGUAGUUGAGGAUGACGACAUUUCAACCAAGAUAAUUGAACACCUGAAUUCUCGAAAGGGUGGACGUGUGACCUUCAUACCGCUGAAUCGAGUAAAUGCACCUCAUGUAAACUAUCCACAAUGUUCUGAUGCAAUACCACUGCUGAGGAGAUUGAAGUUCGACUCCAAAUUUGCACCAGCAUUUGGCCAGGUUUUUGGUAGAACAGUUGUAUGUCAAGAUCUGAAUGUAGCAACAAGAGUUGCUAAGAGUGAUGGCUUGGAUUGCAUAACUUUAGAAGGUGACCAGGUGAGCAGAAAGGGUGGCAUGACUGGUGGAUUUUAUGACCACAGGCGGUCGAAAUUGAGAUUAAUGAAUACCAUAAUACAAAAUAUGAAGUCUAUAGAUACGAAGGAGAAGGUGUUGGAGGAUGUUAGAAGACAGCUACAAGUGAUAUAUCAGCAGAUCACACAGAUUGUUACUGAGAAGCAGAGACUUGAAUCAGACUGGACGCAUAGCAGAUUACAGGUGGAGCAACUGAAGCAAGAGAUAGCUAACGAGACUAAGCAGAAACAUGCUAUACAUAUAGCCCUUGAACAUAAGGAGAAAUCACUAGGUGAUGUUAGAAUACAAAUGGAGCAGUUAAGAUCUAGCAUGGCCAUGAAGGAAGCUGAAAUGGCCACGGAACUUGUGGAUCACCUAACCCCAGAAGAAACGGAAGAAUUAUCACGAUUAAACCCAGAAAUUGAGGAUCUUAAGGACAAACUUAUUGCAUUCAAGACAGAUCGGAUUGAGACAGAGACAAGAAAAGCAGAGUUGGAGACUAAUUUGUCUACCAACUUAAAGAGGAGAAUAGAUGAGUUACAUGCUACUAUAGCUUCCGUCGAGGAUUAUAGUUUGCCUAGUUCAGCUGGCUUAGAAACACAAGAACUUGAUGAUGCAAAACUAUUGGUUGAAGAGUUCACAAACGAGCUCCAAGGUCUCUGUCGAAGCAUUGAUGAGAAGACUAAGCAGGUCAAGAAAAUUAAAGAUAAGAAGGCGAAGUUAAAGACAUUGCAAGAUGACUGUGAGAUGAAAGUGCAAGAUGCAAAUAAAAAGUUGGAGGAACUAUUCAGCCUUCGUAACACACUCCUUUCUAAGCAAGAAGAGUAUAGGAAGAAGAUUAUGGGAUUGGGUCCAUUUUCAUCCGAAUCUUUUGACAUGUAUAAACAAAAAAAUAUAAAGGAGCUGCAGAAGGUGCUACACGGGUGCAGUGAACAGCUGCAACAGUUCAGCCAUGUUAACAAGAAAGCGCUUGAUCAAUAUGUAAAUUUCACAGAACAGCGAGAAGAACUUCAGAAACGGAAAACUGAGCUUGAUGCAGGAGAUGAGAAAAUAAAAGAAUUGAUUACAGUUCUGGAUCAGCAGAAAGACGAAUCUAUAGAACGUACUUACAAAAUGGUUUCAUUUCACUUCCGGGAAAUAUUCUCUCAGCUUGUGCAAGGUGGACAUGGUCACCUUGUCAUGAUGAAGAAGACUACGAAAAAGGACCGUGAUCACGAUGACGAAGAUGGGUGUGGUGAAGCUGCUACAGAGAGAAGGGUUGAGAAAUACGAUGGUGUAACAGUGAAGGUGUCGUUUACUGAUCAAGGGGAGACACGGUCAAUGAAACAGUUGUCGGGAGGACAAAAGACCGUUGUUGCUCUUGCAUUAAUAUUUGCCAUCCAGAAAUGCGAUCCUGCACCGUUCUAUCUCUUUGAUGAGAUUGAUGCGGCACUUGAUACUCAGUAUCGAACUGCUGUCGGCAACAUGAUUCGUGGUUUAGCUGAUGACAGCGUAAGCACGCAGUUCAUAACCACAACUUUUCGUCCGGAGCUAGUGAAAGUUGCGGAUAAGAUGUAUGGAGUGUUUCAUGAGAAUAAUGCGAGUAUUGUGAAAGUUAUUUCAAAGGAACAGGCGUUGAACUUCAUCCAGAAUGAUCAGUCGCCAUGA